AGGAAGAAGACGAGCAUGAAAUUGUUAAAUUACCUUUAAGACGAAGAUGAACGUAGAAAGAAACCCUGCUUUUAAGAGUUAGGGUCGUACAAGAAACGUCCGCUUCGUUCUGCAAUUUCGUCACCGUUCAUCUUCUGAAUGGACGGUGAUACUCCACAAAGUACGCACGUAAGGCUUCUUUAGUGAGUUCGGCACCGUCCAUCGUAGGAAACCAAUGGACGAGAUCGGAGGGCGCCUGUUUCCAGUUCACCGCGGCACUCAAGACGCCGUCUCUGAAAGCGAAUGAUGCGUUUCAAGGAAUUGGGUCUUCCCCGAUUUCCGGCAAACCAGAAGGGUUUUGCCGAAUAACGAAGUUCCCGCCCGUGCGGGUGACCUGGGGCGUCUUCUGAUCGCUUUUCUGAGCAAUUUGUUCUCUUCUCGACACCAUCCAUGUCGACCGGCCAGAAUUGCAUCUUCCCAGAUGAUGUUAUCAUUCAGAUUCUUGCAAGACUGCCCGUGAAAUAUCUGUUUCGAUUCAAAUGCGUCUGUAAGUUAUGGUGUAGACUACCUUCGGAGCCGUAUUUUGUUCGUUUGUAUGAUGAGUUGUCCUCUUCUAGAAUCGGGGUAUUGCUGGAAAUCGUGCAAUCAUCCACCAUGUAUCCGAAUUUCGUCUAUAUGGAUGGAUUAAACGACACUGGCGAGUUCACUUCUGAAUUCAUGGGGGAUAGAAUCAAGAUUCGAGCUUCCUGUAAUGGGCUGUUGUGUUGUGCCAGCGUUCCUAAUAGAGGAGUGUAUUAUGUGUGUAACCCUAUGACCAGACAAUGGAUUACUCUCCCUAGGACUAGAAAGAGGCCGGUUAGCCGGUAUCAUCCCGAUGAUGAGUCCACCUUGGUGGGAUUGGCUUUCGAUCCGCCUGAUCAGAAAUUCAGUGUGGUUUUGGCCGGAUUCUAUCGCCCUUUUGGUCGGAGAGCCCUGGAUUGCUUGGUCUGCCAGGUUUUUGAUUCGGCAACUAAUUUGUGGACACGGUCGAUUUUCUCGCAUAACGACGAAUUCACCCAUAUGAAUAAGAACCAAGCCGUCUACGCAUAUGGUGCUCUCCACUGGUUGACAUAUAGAUCUUCAUAUGUUCUUGCGUUGGAUUUGGAGAAGGGGACGUGGAGGAAGGUUUCUUUGCCAGAUGCUCUUUUGGGUUCUUGCAAUUCCAGAAUUUACUUGUUGGAACUGGAAGGAUCCGUGUCUAUAAUUCAGAUUACAGAAGGUAUGAUGGUGAUAUGGUUGCUGAAGGACUAUGUGAAUCAGAUUUGGAUGGUGGCUGAUAGAAUUAGCCUGAGGUGUGUCAAGGCAUUCAUGUCUAGCAUUUUUCCUAUCAGCCAAAGCAGAGACUGUGUCUUCCUAGCUACCCAAAAACAUGUUCUGCUGUACCAUCGGGAGAGUAAAGUGUGGAAAGAGCUGUUUUCGGUGAAGAAUACCAUAGCAUUCCCCUUGUGGUUCUCCGCUCAUGCUUACAGAAGGACUCUGUUUUCUUGUCACCAGAGCCUGGACUCAUAAAUCUCAUAAAGAGCAGCUGCAUUUCUCCGAGAAAUAUGAGUUUGCUAUUUCUCCGAGAAAUAUGAGUUUGCUGCAGUUGGAUCGUCUGGAACACAUUGUACAUAUAAGUGUAAUAAAUUUUUUCACUGCUUCCCUUUU